UCAUUAAACAUAUAUCUUUUUUAUAGAAUAGUUUUAUUCAUAGAAUGUUUUAUAUACACUACACACAGUUUACAUAGUAUAUAUAGCUACAUAUAACAAUACACAUCUACACACCUACAACACACACAGUCACAUCAUUGUGUAGUUAUUAUCCCAGUGUGUCCUUCUCAUGUUGGCUGUGAAUGACCAGGACAUUAAAGGGGGAGAAUUCAAAAUCAAUAGUAAUUCCUGAAAAUGUAUGAAAGUCAGCUGUCUCUCUUGGUGAUCCUGCUUUGUGACGUACCCCACAGGACACGAGGGGAGGGUUGGAAUGGCAGCGGUCAAACUGAAAGAUGACAUGGAGUUUGACAGUAAAGCCACGCUGGAGCACGUCAAGACCUCCCUGCCCAGCUACGCUAGACCCCGCUUCAUACGCAUACAGAAUUCCCUGGCUGUGACUGGAACGUUUAAGCAGAUGAAGGUGAAGCUAGCCGAAGAGGGAUUCAACCCAUCCGURAUGCAGGAUCGAUUAUACUACCUGGAGGACAGUAAGGGAUACAUCCCCAUGACACAGGAGAUGUACCACUCUAUUUGUGAUGGAAAGAUACACUUAUGAUUGAUUUGUUUUAAACAGAUUGUCUAACUGUUAAUCUCUUAUUUUAAAAUUAACUGUCAAAUUAUUCAUCUGAUGUACAUUUUAUGACUAUAGAGAAAAAAAUUGAAAAUUGAAAACUGAA